GUUUGGAAGGCACCAUCAAGUUGAUGUUGGUGUUGUUGUUGUUGUUGUUGUUGUUGAUUAAUGAUGAUGAUGAUGAUGGACACUAAGAAGAAAUACCGGCAAAACAAGAAUGCUCAACCUAUAUGAAUGUUCUAAAGAUAGUUACACUUAGAUGCCAAGUUAUUGAUAAGAAAACAAAGGAAUCUAAGCUACUCUAUCUUGAUAAGAUGAAGGAGAUCCUUGUGGUAGUACUGGAAGAUUUGGAAAUUUUUAAGUUAGUGGCUGUCUUGCUUGUUGCUGCUGCAAAUUGAGAGCCAAAGCUUGUGCCGUGAUCAUCAGAUUCCUGGAGAAGAAUUCUAAUUAGUGGGUGAACUUCAAGAACACCACACUUGCCCAGUUUCAAUGGAUAAGUUACUGGACCAUAAGCUCAUUCCAUUCAAGUAGUGCCAUGUAUCUUUGGACACUAUCUCUCUCCUUCCUUCCCCCUAUAUAAACAGCCCAUUGGCUCUAAACAAAGCACCAAACAAACCAUUCUUGAAGUUUAAAAACUGAGAGAUGAACAAAGCCAUUCUGUUCCUAUUUCUCUCAAUCUUCUCCUCUGUUUUCUCUCUUCACAAGCCUCAGGUCUACAUUGUGUACAUGGGAGAGCAUAGUGGAACUAAAACCACACAACAAAUUCAAGAAGAUCAUCUUUCAAACUUGAUCUCUAUCAAGAGCAGUGAAGAGGAGGCACAGGAAGCACUUAUAUACAGCUACAAGAACAGCAUCAAUGGGUUUGCAGCAUUGCUAACUGAAGAGGAAGCUGCCAAACUAACUGAAAUAGUGGAUGUGGUCUCUGUUUUUCCAAGCAAUACAGGGAGUUGGUCUCUGCACACAACAAGGUCAUGGGACUUCAUAGGACAUGAAGAAGGAACUGAAGGUUCACAGAACUACAAAAUGCCCUUCAGAGCUAAACAUGGAGAAGAUGUCAUUGUUGGCAUGCUAGAUUCUGGUAUAUGGCCAGAGUCAAGAAGUUUUGCAGAUAAUGGAAUGGGACCUAUACCCAAACAAUGGAAAGGAAUCUGUGAAGCUGGAGAUGCCUUCAAUUCAUCCAACUGCAAUAGGAAAAUAAUUGGAGCUAGAUACUAUCUCAAAGGAUAUGAAGCUUAUUAUGGUGCACUUAACAUGUCAUAUGCCUACCGUUCACCUAGAGAUCAUGAUGGUCAUGGUACACACACUGCUUCAACGGUGGCCGGCCGGCUUGUCCGUAAUGUUUCAGCUCUCGGUGGCUUCGCCCGGGGAACGGCAUCCGGCGGAGCUCCUCUUGCUCGUCUGGCAAUCUACAAGGUCUGCUGGCCUAUCCCAGGACCUAAUCCUAAUCUUGAAAACACUUGCUUUGAUGCCGAUAUGCUCGCCGCCAUUGACGACGCCAUCGGAGAUGGAGUUCACAUCCUUAGCAUCUCCAUUGGUGCUAAUGGUUCACCUCAAAUGUACUCACAUGAUGGCAUUGCUAUUGGAACCUUGCAUGCAACUAAGAGGAACAUUAUAGUAGCAUGCAGUGCAGGUAACUCUGGGCCAACUCCGGCCACCGUGUCUAACGUUGCUCCAUGGAUGAUCACUGUUGCUGCUAGCACCAUUGACCGUGCAUUCACCUCCCACGUCUUGCUUGGAAAUGGACUUCAAAUCAAGGGACAAACAGUCACACCGUAUAAACUUAAAAAGAAGCUCUACCCUUUGGUUUACUCUGCCAACGUCGUCUUGCAUGGCACUCCAAACAACGUCACAGGGCAAUGUCUUCCAAAUUCGUUGGAGGAUAAGAAGGUUAAAGGAAAGAUAGUAGUGUGUAUGAGAGGGAGUGGGACAAGGGUGGCAAAAGGAAUGGAGGUAAAGAGAGCAGGAGGUGUAGCCAUGAUACUCGGCAAUGCUCCUGCUAACGGCGAUGAGAUUCCAGUGGACGCACACGUACUUCCGGCGACCGCUAUAUCAUCCAAGGACGUUCUUCUUGUUCUAAGUUACAUCAAUGGUAGCAGGAGUAGUAGAAGUAAACCAAUUAUUGCCAUGAUUGAGAGAGCCAACACUGUUCUUGGUAGUAGUCCAGCUCCAGUCAUGGCUGCCUUCUCUUCUCGUGGACCCAACUCCAUUGAACACAACAUCCUCAAGCCUGACAUAACAGCACCAGGGCUAAACAUAUUGGCAGCAUGGAGUGAAUCAUCUUCACCCACAAAGCUUCAAGAUGACAAACGAAGUGUCAAGUAUAACAUCAUGUCAGGCACGUCAAUGUCUUGCCCACAUGUCUCUGCAGCUGCUGCACUUCUCAAGUCAAUACACCCUAAGUGGACCUCUGCUGCCAUUAGAUCCGCACUCAUGACCACUGCAAAUAUAUUUAACAAUGAGGGCUUGGCUAUAAUAAAUGCGGACAUGGAGGAGGCUGGGCCGUUGGAUAUGGGUUCUGGACAUUUAAGGCCCACAUACGCAUUGGAUCCAGGCCUGAUUUACGAUGCAUCAUACGAGGAUUACCUCCUUUUCGUAUGCGCGAGUAUUAAAGCCCAGAUGGAUCCAACCACACCUUGCCCUGACUCACCCCCCUCUCCUUCCAAUCUCAACCAUCCAUCCAUCUCCGUCUCUGUUUUAAUCAACGGCACCAUCACCGUCCAUCGAACAGUCACCAACGUGGGCCGGGCCAAAGCAAAGUACCACGUUAGCAUCAUUGAACCGGCCCAUAUCUCUGUGGAAAUCAAGCCCAAGGUUCUCCGUUUCAAACGAGUGGGAGAGAAGAAGAACUUCACUAUCACACUCAAAGCCACAGCAAAUCCAAGCCUAAGUGGGACCCACGUGUCAGGUUCUUAUUCGUGGAGUGAUGGGGCCCACUUUGUGAGAAGCCCAAUUGUGGUUUCCUUGUUCUAGAACUCUUCUUUCAAGCAAUGCAAACUCAUUAAGGAAAACUAAAAGCAAAUUAAAGCCAUAUAUAUAUAUAUAUAUAAAUAUAUAUAAUGGUUUCCUUAAGCUUGAGAGUUCACUCCUUUCUCUUUGUCUUGAUGGCAAUGGUAAUGAUUCACUUUCGGAUAA